CAUUCAACUUCUAACAAAAACGCUCAGGACACAAAAAGUUGUCAUUUAACCGUCGACUAAAGACUUUAUGGAGAAUCUCGAAGACGUGGAGAUUUUUUUGAAGAAUGUUGACAAAAUAAGUCAACUUGUGGGGGAUUUACAGUCUUCUGAUGGUGAAGUUCAAAAAGAAGCCAUGUUACAGGCUGACUGUUACAUUGCUGCUUUGCCUGAAGCCUGCAGGACUACAUUGAACAAAACUGGGAUCAACACAAACCCACCUCUCCACCCUUCCUUGGUAAAAACAUACACAACUGAACACUUUAUGAAGAUUAUGGAGAAAGAUGCUGAAGACCGGAGAAUUAAGAGAAUGACUAAAGUGAAACAUGCAACUGCUCUCAAAGACAAAGGGAAUGAAGCUUAUGCUCGAGGAGACUAUGAAACUGCUGUGAAGUAUUACAGCGAUGGCUUGGCUGAAGUAAAGGACAUGCAGACUCUCUACACUAACAGAGCACAAGCCUAUAUCAAACUGGAACGGUACUGUGAAGCCAUUAGCGACUGUGAAUGGGCCUUGAAGGUUAAUGACGGAUGCAUAAAGGCAUAUUUUCACAUGGGCAAAGCAUACCUGAGACUGAGGAAACAUAUUGAGGCAAGAAACUGCUUUGAAAAGAUAAUGGAAAUGGAAUCUGGGAAGGAAAACAUGGUAAAAGAAUAUCUGGACCUGGUAGAUUCUGAAGAGAAGAGGGAGCUUGAGGAGGUGAAGGCAAGGAAAGAACAUAGCAAAGGAGAGAUAAAGACCACAGCAGUGCUUCAGUUGCUGGAGAAGCUGUUAAGGCCCAGCGAGACGCCACUGUAUUAUUGUGGAGGACUAGAGAUUCUUUCACAAGUAGUCACUGACUGUACAGGGCAGACUCUCUUCAGAGUGAACAAUGGCUUCAGUAUCAUCAGCAGCAAUGACACGGUGAGGAGUUGUUUGAUGCAGAAGACACAGGAUGCAGACAGCCAAGACUUGUGCGUGUCUGUUCUUAAAUUAUGGAAGGUGAUUUGUUGUGAAAAUGAUGAAAACCAGAAAAUGUUGAUGAGGUGUCCAGUUGCCAGAGAGUCUGUUGUUCACUUGGUAACAUCGGAGCAUGCUGCAGUACGGAAGGAAUGCUUGGAAUUGCUGUGCUUGUACUCAAAAACAUCACGUGGCAGACGUUUAGCCACUGAAAAUCUAAAUAGCCACAUUUUAUUAAAGAACCUUAUGGCUUCCAUGUCAGAACCAAAAGAGCAGCAUGCCAGCACAGCGGUCUCCAUUCUAGAGACCUUUGCAGCAGAGGAAAGAUUUCGCAUCCAGCUAAGAGAUGUGUUAACAAACUCUCUUGUGGUGCCAUUUACAACCAUGUUGAAAAAUAUCAGCAAGUCCAAUCAACAUGUCCUUCCAACACUAAUAUCAGCUGUUGGGUGUCUCGCUCAAGAUAAUGUCAUCCACCAAAAUCUGGCUCAUGAGCAGCAAUGCUGGGAGGCCUUUCUGGCUGCCUUUAAGCAAUGUACUGCAUCUGGAUACAAGGAGAUCCUUAUCCCUUUGCUUGGCUUGAUCUUCAACCUUUCAACCAUCACCUCUCCAGCCAUCCAUGAGUAUUCUGUUUCAAUCUGUGACUCAUGUUUGGGCCUGUUGGAGGACGCUAAUGAAGAAAUCAUAACUAGAGCUACAGGUGUGCUGAGCAAUGUCCUCCCCCAGUCUUCAGAAGCUGUUCACCAUGUUAUUCAAGAGAACGUUGUGCAGAAGAUGCUCUGGCUGCUGAAGGGAACCGGGCAGACUGCUACUAAAUGGGCCAUUAAGACUAUGACAGUGUGCACUGCUGCCGGCGACUUCGCGCGGAAGCAGCUGCUGAAGUCUGAUAAAAAACUGUCCACUUUACGUCAUUUGCUGAGUUCCAGCUGUGACGAGAUGAUUUCAGGAAAUGCAGCUCUGUGCCUGGCCCAUUGUUUUGAGUUGGAGGGAGUUGCCACCCGCCUGCUGGGUACUGAUAUUGUGCUGCUGCUGCUGCGACAUGCUGCAGGGGACACUGAGAGGACAGCUGUGCAGAAAAAUUCAGCAAUUGCUCUUGGGAAACUGUGUCGUUCUGAUCCCAGACAUGUUCAAAAACUUCGAGAACUCCACGGACUGGAGAUCCUGCACUCCUGUGCCAAGUUCAUCUCAUAGACCGGUACCUAUGUGUUAAAUGACAUGUUUGCAUGUUUGCAAUCAAUAUCUUUGUUCUUUUCAGGCUUAUUUGUUUUAGACCCCUGCUAGAAACAGAUACUGCAUUAAAUCUACAGUAUGUUUCUGUUGCUUGUUUUAAUGUAUUACAUUACAUUUUUGUAGCAAUAAGGAUUUGUUGUUGUUGAAUAAAACCAGAUCUGACAUGGGAGAAAUUAGUUAUUUCAUUUGAAUUGAUUCCUGCUCCUACAGUAAUUGCUUAAUUUACAUGAAGAAAGUUAAAUCCAUGAGCAUUGUUUUCACGUCUGCUUUACAUGCACAUGCAGUUAUUUAAAACUAAUGGUCAUAAACACUUUCAGUUUUAGGUAAAAAUGCUCCCAUGUUACCAUGUUCUGCCAUCUUACUCCUACCUGUAUGAAAAUUGAAAUAUAACAAACAUUUUACAAAGUCCAAACCCGAAUAAAUAUUUGCUCUUAAUAUGGUUUUAUGAACCAAACAUAGCAGAAUACAUACUGUUUAGAAAGGCUCCCAAUUUAAAUAAUUCAUGCACAUUAUUUGAAGUGAGAAAAAAAAAAAACUGAAAGGUUUAUCAUCAGUCUGUUUAAUUUGUG